CGGAGCCAGAGCUGCUGCAGUAAACCCGUUUCCAGAAGCUACUGUCCACUUUUCUCACCAGCACGAAAUUUGGAUGAAUUUGGUGCAGGACAAAGAGAGAAAAACUGAAACUUUGCCUGAAUGGUGAAGGCCUCAUUUGAACCUCGCUCUUCCAGUCCUGAGCCUCGUUAACGUCUCAUCUAGCAAAGAAAGCUACCACGCUCUGAGCCCUUAUUUGAUCACCAGCUUAAGCUUAUUUGAGGAGUUAUUAAAGUCUUUAGUAAGUAUAAAACUAAGCUUUUGUCGGAUACGUCAGUGCGGACUUGCAGCUUAAAGCAUGGCCAAGAGAAACAGCCAAAAGGAUACCUCUUCAGUGGUUUUUGACACUCACUCAAAAAUGGUAAUGUCCCAGGGAGGAACAGCAGAGAGGAUGAAGGAGAAGAUCAGCGCCGUCAGAGCCGUCGUCCCCAACAAAAGCAACAAUGAGAUUGUGCUGGUGUUACAGCAUUUCGAGAACUGUGUUGACAAGGCAGUGCAGGCUUUCCUAGAAGGCAGCGCAGUUGAGAUCCUGAAAGAGUGGAAUGUCACCGGCAAAAAGAAGCCCAAGAAGAAAAAGAAGCCCAAGCCCCAGCCAGAGCCCUCUGCGGAGCCUGCUCCCCCUGAGGCCGUGUCGCCGGAGGAGGGCAAGGACGAGACCAAUGGCUUUCACGCCAACGGAUCCGUAAUGGAUGGAGAGUCGCUCGAUUCUCUGAGCGAACAGUUGGACUCUGCUUCCCUGGACGCGUCCGAGCUGGACUCUGAACCUGCAACAUCUGAAACCACCGGUGCAGAAGCAGAAAGUCAAGUUAGCGCCCCGAGUCCGGCCCCUCAGCAGGGAGGGAGGAAUCACCAGGCUCCCAGAGGCAACAAGCAACGGCACAGGCAAAGCUCCAAUUCACAUCAUCCCUCAUCCACCACCGAUGACAGUAAUCAAGGGUCAUCAGGGAUCAAAAAGAUGGCUCCCAACAUCGACCGCUCCGUGAAGGACCUGCAGAGAUGCACCGCCUCGCUUACUCGCUAUAGGAUGGUGGUCAAAGAGGAGAUGGACUCCUCAAUCAAGAGGAUGAAGCAGACGUUUGCUGAGCUCCAGAGCUGUUUAAUGGACAGAGAAGUGACUCUACUGGGAGAAAUGGACAAAGUGAAAGCAGAAGCCAUGGUCAUUUUGGACGCCCGACAGAAAAGAGCGGAGGAGCUCAGACGGCUGACGGACCAGUCAGGAUCCAUGUCUGAGGAGCAGCUGUCUGAACUGCGCGCAGACAUCAAGCACUUUGUGAGUGAACGUAAAUACGAUGAAGAUCUUGGGAAAGCUGUAAGAUUUACAUUCGAUCUGGAACCGCUGAAGACGAGCAUCUCAGGGUUUGGAUCAGUUUACCACCCUCGUACAGGCUACUCAAAUCGCUCCCGUUGUAGCUCCACGUCGUCUUCUGUUGCCAGCCCGAGCCUGAUGGAAACCCCUCCUCCCACCCAGACCCAAAGCAUCCCCAGCGAACACCGCCCGCCACCAACCAAACAGAUUUUCCAAGGCAACCGGCGUACUUUCCAGGGACAGGGUUAUCACUCGGGCGGUCAGCGGUAUAACGGCGGCUCCUACCACGACAGGAACGCCGGUCGCGCUAACCACCGUUACCAGGGCGAUGGCGGCGGCUCCUCUGGUCCUAACUCACAGCACUCAAACAGCUCGAGAGGCCCCUCCCAUUCCUCAUCAUCCCACAACCAAGACCGGCCCUCUCACAACGGGCUGCCCCAAAGGCCUCCGCGGACGCACUGCCCUUGACAUUGGAAUUCCUUCGCUUAAUCAAAAAAAAAAAACAUCUACUAACUCACAGCACUCCCCUUUCCCCUACCUCCCUUCAUCCCUCCUGUCUGCCCCCCCCCUCGCCCUCACCUUUCACUCUCUCUCCCACCAUACUAACUCCUCUCAAUGGUAGAGUAAAAUACAAGUUUACAUAUUUGCGUCAGUUGAGCUGUGGUACCACCUCUCUACAUCGACCCCGUUCAUCCUUCAAACUUGAAAAGCUCUCGCUCUUCUGUAAUCAAUCUCUUCCUUUUGGCAUUUCCUCCCAUCUUGGUUAAGGCAACAGCUUCUAUGUUUAGCCCCCCCCCCCCCUUUGAGAGAUCUCAUUGCUAUGAUAUCGUCAGUCUCUGUUAUUAAUUAAUUUCUUUUUAUUUUUUAUUUUUAUAGCACUGCUUCAGAGAAACCAGUUAAAGCAGUGAGCUGGAGACUUGACGUGAUUUACCUGCAACAAUUUGUGCACUAUUGAAGUUGAAUUCUUAGUACUGUUUCUAUUUUUGCUGUGGCUUAUAAUGUCAGUUCUGAUUUGCACCUCAGAUCUUUUUCUCAGUUUUUUUUUUUUGUAAAUUAUUCACGUCUCUCAGAAACAUUUCAAUGCCUUCACUGUGAAAAGAGAAGUGAAAGUGCACCAGUAGUUCCAGCAUUAACUGUCAUCAGGAGAGUAGACAUGCAAUCAACACUACAGACUAUCGGUUAAAAAAGGAAACAUAUCAAAACUAAGUCGGAGCUUUUUCGUAUAUGGCUGCUACAAAACCGUAGGGAACUUUAUUGUUAAUGCUUGGAAUAAAACGUGUUCGAGGACGACUCUGAACAUGGAAGUUGUUCUCCUAAAGGAAUAGUUUGACUUUUUUGGAGGAAUGCAUUUGUUUUGUUUCCUGGAGUUUGAAGAGAAGAAAUAUCACUCUCGUGUUUUGUACGUUAAAUAUGAAGCUACAGCCAGCAGCUGGUUAGCUUAGUUUAGUUUAAAGACUGGAAGCAGAGAUGAACAGCUUAGCUUCUGCCUAAAAAAACGUAUACGGUUCAUGUCAUUUCCCGCACAAAAAAACAGAAGUGUAAAAAUGAUCAAUUUUGGGUUUAUGGUGUUAUAUUUGGACUUGUGUGCUGUCAUGUUUCUGCACUUCACUUUUCUUUUGAAUUAAAACAAGAUUUAAUCCUUUAUGGUGGCAUUUGUUUGCGUAGAAAAGAGCCAGACUGGCUGUUUCUCCCUUGUUUCCAGUCUUAAAGCUAAGCUGAGCUAACUGGUUGCCUGCUGUAGCUUCAUAUUUUACUCCACAUGAGAGUGGUAUUAACCUCAUUUAACCCUCGGCAACAAAUAAAAUGAACACGUCUCCCAAAAUGUUGAACUGUUCCUUUUAAUUAUUGCCUAAGGCAGUGAUGUAUUGCCCUCCCACUGGCCGGUGGGAUUAUAGUGUGUGCUGUUGUUCUCGGCUUGCUGCCCGUUAUUUUAUAACAAAGGGCUCAUUACCUUUUUCGUAGAAUACUGUUAAAUAUGUUUAAAACACAACUAAAGGAAACUCUGUCCACAUGCUGUUUCAUGUCGUCUGGACAUCUGGACGACGGAUUUUCUUCCACAUGUGCAGUUUGUUUUGUGUUUUUUGUUCUCGUUAUAUGCACAUGAAUGGCAUAUUAAUGACGUGCUUUGCCUUUAGUCACAGAGAGACUUCACUUUUGCCUUUCUUAGUAACAUGGACAUCUGCAUCAUGACGGCUUUCUGAACAGACGGUACCUGUAGAGCAGACGUGCCUGUAGAGCAGUCGUUCGAUUAUACAUACAUAUAUAUAUAUAAAAAUAUAAAUAUAAAUAUGUUUCUUCUUUUUAUACACUCACUUUGUCCCAUCUGUGAAAGUAAAACUGAUCAAAACUGGUGAAUGCGUUGGAUGGUUGUGUUGAUUUCACAGAUCUUUUAUAUGGCUGCCAAGUAGACGCUUCAAGGCUGUUGUCGAAGUUAAGUCUCUUCGUAAAGUCUGCAAGGAUGUGAACAAAACAAAAACAAACAAAGUUGGCGAAUACCUCAUUGCUGAUCCUUUGACGCGGCCGGUUUUCUCGCAGUGGGCUCUUAGUAAAAGGAGGACAGAUGAUCGGUCAUCUGUUAUCAUCUUGUAGUUGUGUACAUAUGUGGAGCUGCAAAAGGCUGUAGUGUAAACACCGGCUGUAACAUUAUUGCUGCAUCUUCAUAAAAUGUCGUCUUCCUCUAGAGUGGACUUUUGUUUUGGGGGGGGGGGGUUAAAAAAGAAAAUGAAUUUAAAAGAUUGUUCACUCCCAGUUUUUGUUUCCUCGUAGGUUUUCUGACCAGAGUGAGUUUUUUUUCUUCUUAUUUGAGAUGAAACUCAUUAUGUUGGUGAAUAUUGUGGAGAAAGAGUGCUAACGUUUGCAGUCUUUGGUUAAAAUGUGAUGUAACUACACGUAAAUGAGAUAUUUUUGACUUCAAGGACUAGUUCCGUAUUUUGGGAAGUAGAAAGCGGCAUAUUUGCCAAAAUGUCAGACUUGCAAAGGUGUAAGAUGGUUUAUAAUAUAACAAAGAUAUUCUGACUGAAGUUGUUUGAGGAAGUUUUACCAAAAUUUAGGAUUUUCCUCAACGAGUUCUCUGCAUAUUGAUGGUUGGCUGCAGUUUGACUUGAUCAAAGCAGAUGAUACCAUUCAGCUUUUUACUCCAGCACAUCUCUAAUAUUAAGAGAGUCAGUGCUGAUCAAUCAACUGGUUUCCUCUUUUGGGAUUUCGUCUCCCACUUUAUCCGAGCGGUCUUUGUUUCAUUUUUACAUUCCAAACUGUAGAAACUAUUUAGUUUAUCACCAAAGAUAUAAUUUCGUCCUGUUUUAAAAGUCGCUGCCUUUUCUUUCUUUCCUUGGCCUGUAAAAAAUAUAAAAGAUAAAUCCAAAGGGGAUAAAUCCAACACUUCACCUUUCUCUUCUUCCCAGCCCUGCUUUAUUUCCCCCAUUCCUUACUGUACAUACAUAUAUGUAGCUAUAUAAUUUUGUGCUCAGAUCGGGCAUUUUGUAUGUGAUAUUCAUAUUAGGCAUAACGGAGGUUUAAAACAUCUUAGUUAAUUUUUUUCCAGUAGACCUUGUGUCCUUCUCAAGACUACUUUUUUUCUGAGACAACUGUAAACUCAAGUGCCUUUUUCUUGUCUCCCAACCAAUCCAUCGACAUCCCCUCCACCAGAAUAUGGACCAAAGACAUCGACCGUCCCCCAACACCCCUGCCCUCUCUUUCUCCCAAUAACUGAAUGGCACACUUUUCAUUUACUACGAAUAAACAGUUUGCAAUACUGA